AUGUCUUCCCUGUCAUACCCCGAUUUCAACCAGUUCCCCUGUGAGCGCUGCAUCCCCAAACUGGGGGACGUGGAUUCCUGGUGCGUGAUUCGCCUCUGGUUAGGCGCAUCAUGCGCUGGCGUGCGUUCAUCUUCUGUGGUGUUGGCGGCUGGAGAGGACAUGGCCAACCACAAGGAGCGCCUUCGCCGCUUGGUAAAGCAACUUGAUGCCCCGCGCCUGGCCCGGUUGUCUGCCCGUGGCAGGGUGGGGGCUAAUGCCCUCUGGUCCCGCCGUCGGGCUGCUGCUGUGCCUGCGGAGAUGCAGGCUACGGAGGCCGUGGUUGUGCCUGGUCCGGGGGUGGUGGUGCAGGAGGAAGAGGAGGUGGAGGAAGGGGUUAAGGUGGAGAUCAAGGAGGAUCCCGGGAUCCUCGGGGGUUGGAGCUCGGGGGAUCGGUGGGUCGAACAGAGUUAA